AUGCUGAAGAGGUGAGGCAUUAGCAGUCAAAGAUUAAUUAAUACUCAUUCUAUUACAGCUACCUACGCCAAGAGACUUUGGAACUCAUCCUUAAGCUUGUCCUGUCACAAAAGGAUAGAAAAACCAUUUUUCAUGUUUGCUCAAGUAGGUCACACAAAAUAUUUCCAAAAAAACUAGGGGGGAAGAGCAGCUUUUAGGGAUAAAUUGUUCUCAUUUAUUAAAGCAAGACAUUGUGUGUUGGUUUUUAAAUACUUUUCUGAUCCCAUUUCUGCCACAACCACCAUACAAACAACACUGCUCUCGCCACCUGUUAUAGGAUUCACCCACACAAUCUAUAUACCGGGUUGGAGAGACACACACAAAUACCGGACUGCAACUCAGCACACAUUUUACCACACUUUACUUCUACACUGCAUAUAAGACUCCCUUUUCUCACAGCAUGGAAGCAACAGCGGAUUGGGUUGGAGAAGCAGAGUGCUUUGUUCCUGCUUCAUGAACUUGAUCUACUUCCAUACUGGCUGUGGUUUCACAUUAUCAGUGGCCAGUACAAAGUGGAUAGGCUUUGCUCCAUCACUGGCCCAACAGCUAGGGAACAGAUGGUGAGGAGUGUGGCCUAGAAAGUUUCUGGUGGGCUACAUUUGGCCUGUGGGCAGGAGGUUCUUUAGUAUAAAAUAGUAUAGUCCAUUCCAGUGCCAGGUUACCAAAUAGGCAGAGUAGGCACCAGCCUAUGGGCCCUACACUUUUUAGGGACCUCAUGACAACAGAUCAAAAUAAUAUGAUAUAAUUUGUGAGGAGAGCCCUGAGAUUUCAACUGCCUAGAGGCCUCCACAGGAUUUAAUCCGGCAGUGGUCCAUUCUACCAUCAUGGCAAUCGACUCUUUCCUUUUUCUUCUCAUAUAGCCCCAAUUUCUCUCGCAGAAGGGGAGGGGAAAGAAAAAAUAGGCUGCAAGCACCUUCAUGUAUAGCUUCUUCCAAUCUACUACAGUGGUACCUCCGAUUAUGAAUGGGAUCCGUUCCAGAGGCCCGGCUGCAUCCCAAAAAUUUUGUAACCGGAGGACGGCUUCUGUGCAUGCACGCGCGAGCGGCAAAUCCACUUCCAGGUUUGCAGUGGCCGUAACUCAAAGAUUCCGUAAGCUGGAGGUUACGCAACACGAAGUACCACUAUAUUUUCACUCUCACAAUAUGCACUAUGCAGGGAACUGGAAAACACAAUGCAGACUCGGUGGAAAUGAUACCAGAACCCUUUUUUACUUCCCCUCCCCAUACAAAACAGAAGCAGGCUGGGUGUCUGUGUAACAACAGCAUGUUUACUUGGAAAUAUUUCCAUGCAAUUUGUUUUUACAAAUAAAUACUAAGUUCAGAUAGAGAAUAAAAAUUGAUUUUCUCCUCCCCUGCUGUAGACUUGACAUCAAUGGGAUUGUAAAAUACAAUUUCUUCCUAUUUAGUUAGAACCUCUAAAGAAUUUAGUUAAUACGAGAAGAUAACUAAUUAAGGGAGAAGAAAAACUCACUAAUUACGGUAUAUCAUGGGUCAGCUUUUAGGGCAAUUAGAAGUAACCUAAGUAGAAGCUCAGUAACUAUUGAGAGAAUUGUAAAUAGAUUGGUGGGUAAAUUAUAUAACAAAUUUAUGCAUUUACAGUUGAUAGAAAUGCAAUUAUAAGUUUGCUAUACACUAUUACAUCCAACAGCACCAAGAAGCGCAAAGCAUAAAGUAUGUACAAGUUGUUAGAUAUGUAUCAUUUUGUUUGCAUUUAUGUUCUAACAGAUUUACAUUUUCAAUAAAAACAUUAGGAGGGGAUACACAAACACACACACAGACCUUUAGCAGCAGGAAUGAAAUUAAAUUAGUUCAUUGCUAGAAGCAUGAACCAUUAAUGAAAUGUAACUGGAGAACUUUCUCCAGUAUUUAUUCAGUGUAAUUAAAUUCUUUUAUUCAAAAUCUAUACUUAGCCAAGCAUAAAAUAUUGCACCAUCAUAAUAACUUCACAGUGUAAUCAAGAACUGAACUAUAAGCAUCUCAUUCCUUUUCAUAGCAUCUGAAGGCUUUAAAUCACUAACACUGUUUGAAGUAUAAUCAAAAGGAAAGAUGAAAAAGAACCUGCUCUAACCAGCUACUAUAGUUCCUAAUUCAUUUUUAUUUCUUUUUAAGAAAGCCAUCAGAGGCUAGUCUUCACUAGCCAGUCUUGAGAAGUCUGGAAGUUUAAUGCCUUUACUCAAAGGCUGUUAACAAUAAACUUCAUGCGACCACCUACUGCCCCCUGGAGUACCUAAAAGUGAAAAAUGGGAACAAUCACAGUCUGCUGUGGUGUUCCAGGUAGGAGUUACAGGAAGAAGCUACAGCUCACAUGUCUGGCAUUCAUAAGGGCCCCAAGUCCAAACUCUGUAAUUUCCAGUUUAAAAGGAAAUCAAAUGACAAGACCAGCACAGACCUGAGGCCCAAGAUAACAGAGUAGACAGUUGAAGACAAGGGGCGUUCUAAUAAAGUACAGUAUAGAGAAAUGGAAGGGUGACUAUAAUUAAAGCAUCAGGAAUUUUUGGUUAAAACCACAACACGUCUAUUCCUAAAAUGUGCAAAGCCAGGAAAAGCUGUCUUAAUUUUAAUGGCAUUAAAUGUUGCAGACAGUCUAAAGCAGUGUUGUUUCUCAACCUUUUAUUGACCGUGCCCCCACCGUCCUACCGGUAGAAAGGUAGCUAUUUAUGCUACCUUUCUUUGUCUUGUUACAGACAAAUGUUUUGUUCUGUAAACAGAACAUGUUUUACUUAUAAUUAAUACAAAAUACAAUUACCUAAAAAAUUAUACUUUGUAUUUCUCGAUCAAUGUGACACUUGUGCUUGAUGACCAGAAACAAGCUUUUUUAUAUCCGGUUCUAUUGCUGUGAGGGAUAACUGAAGACCACCUCUGUCCAUUCAGUUACGGCAAUUCCGCGUUAGGCUGAGUAAAUAAUUCACACGACUGAAACCUGAUUCUACAGAAUAUGUAGUAGGAAAUGACAUGAAAAACAAUUUUGCUUUAUCCCAAAGCUGUAGAAACUUUUUAGAUAUUCUGUUUUCUUUUCUUGGUCACGGCUCUGUUUUCUUCACUUCUCGCUUCCCUCUGUGGCCCCCUAGUCUCGUGCUGUGCCCCCCCCCCAUUUACACAAUUUUCACCUUUGCCCCCCUUGGAAUAUCCUGGGGGCCCCCAGUUGAGAAUCGCUGGUCUAAAGAGCCAGACACGCAAUGAGAGUCAAGCCUGACUCUGAACUUCUUUUUUUAGAGUUGCAAAACUUGAACUUCAAAGAUGAUUUUUAUGCAUACAAAAGGAUUGAGAACUCAGAUAAAAACAUAUUUCUUAAACUGAUAAUUCUAAAGAGGAUGCUAACUAUAAUUCUUUAGAAUAAGAGAUACAUUUCCUAAUGAGAUAUAUCCCCAGGGCACCCAAGAAGAAGCAGACACCUGCAAUUAAUUGAAGGUGUCAGUAGCUACCACUUUGCUGGGGGGAAAUACAGCUGAAAGUGCAUUUACUAACCACGGCUAUAAAAAAUUACUUGAAACAGCAGCGUUUCGGGGGGGGGGGGGGUUAGCCUGUUCAGCAGGACUCUUUACCAAAACUUUCAAAGUACAUUAUUUCACAAAUUUAAACAGAAAAGGGGACCAUAUUAUUUCUCCAGGCUUCUCUUUUCCAUAUAGGAAGAAGAAAUGCCAACAACCGAUCUGAGCAUUUCUUUUUUAAAAAAGAUGAACUUAAAACAGAAGUUACAGCAUUCCUUUAUCUGUCUGGCGUAUUACCAUGUGUCACAUUAUGAGAAACCUCCUUGAUAAGAUAACUCCACAAUCCUUCAAAUAGAAGAACUGCAAAUGGCAAUGUGUCACUCUGGAAAACCAGCUAGAGGAAGAUGAGAAGAAACAAAAGCAUGUACUAGCUAUUCGUAGGACUCAAACUACAUGUUACAGAGUUCUGGGUUUUUCUUAUUCUUCUGCAUUUUUAAAAAAUGCACAGCAAGAAAAGCUGAUUAAUCCUUUCCCCUCUGAUCGUUUUCACACCCUAAACCACUGUCCAUACUGCUUUUUCACUUGCACAUGUGGAGGUGGUGGGGCAGAUAGUAAGCUGCCGUAUCCCGAGUCAGACCACAGGUCUAUCUAUCAAGGUCAGUACAGUCCACACUAAAUGACAGUGGUUUUCCAAAAUGGUAUGAAAUAUACAGUUUGAGCUCCACACUGAAAAGUUUAGAAUUUGAAGAAAAAUAGCUGCACCUAGUAACCUAAUAAUUCUGUUGCAAAAUUGAUGCUCUUCCAAGCUUACUGAACGGGGAUGCCCUUUUGAGGACCAAAAGAUAGGACAGAAUAGUUUCAUAGAUUAACAAAACAAGAUGCAGCAACAGCAGUGCCUCCUCCAAAUGAAUUCUGAUUGGGCAAGUGGUUACUCAGAACCAAGAGUCCAUGGCAACUUUGGAGCUGCAAUUCUCCCCCUUUAUUCCAUUUGAAAGCCUAAGGCAGUUGUGGUGGGGCCUGCUCAGCUACUGCACUCAAUAUGGCCCCACAGAACCUGCCAACGUACUUCUAGCAAGGUGGUGAGACCUCUCUCUUCUCUAUAGUGAGCACACUUAAUCCCAUGGAUGCUUUAUGUCAUUAUGUCUCUGGGCCUAAUCAGCCCAUUAUCAGGGGAUAAUUAGUUUAAAAAAGGAUAGCUUGAUUGGAACGUGACACAAUCACCACUAUCAAUAUGAUGAAAUGAAGGGCUUUGAUUUCAGAGUGCAGACAAGUACUAUGGAUUUGGCUGAAGGCCUCUUGAAGGGAAGGCCGCAACACACUCAAAAACACCUCUCACACUUCAAUUGGCAAAUACAAGACAAGCUUAAUAACUUCUCUUCUCCACUCUAGUACACUUCAUCACAUCCAAAUUGCUUUUCUGUUUCACAACCACAUCUUGUAAUGGGCUGCGAGCCCCGGUAAUUUUGUACAUUUCCUCUCUGAAUGAAUGUCAGCGCCACUUGGUUUUCCUACCACCAGAUGAUCAUCAUUUGAAUGGGACGCUGAGCAAGUCUGGUGCUAAAGUAAAGGAUUUUCAUAUGCUGAAUGUAACUUUCCAAUUAGGUCAUGCCCCCUCUUUUGAAAUACCAAGCAUCUUCAACAGUAUUUGCCCAGCUAUGAAAACAAGCCAGAGUUCAAUAAGAUUGCAUCCCUGUACAUCAGAUACAUUUUAUUACAGUGUCUACUUUGUUUAAUUUGAUCAGGGCUGGUUGGCCUGUGUCUCCCCAGAUGUUGCUGAUCUAGGACUUCCAUCAAUCCCAGCAUGGCCAACAGCCACGGUGGAUUAAAGCUGUGGUUCAGCAACUUCUAGUGGGUCAUAUGUUAGCCAGCCCUGCUUAAAAGCAAGUGAUGGAUAAUUACUAACGUGCACAUUAUUCCUUUAAAACAUUUUACUCUGAGAGCUGAAAAUUGCAUACAACAAUUUCUCAUGUCACAGCACUUUUUUGUUGAGAGGCAGUGUGGUGUAGUGGUUAAGAGCGGUAGUCUCGUAAUCUGGGGAACCGGGUUCGCAUCUCCGCUCCUCCACAUGCAGCUGCUGGGUGACCUUGGGCCAGUCACACUUCUCUGAAGUCUCUCAGCCUCACUCACCUCACAGAGUGUUUGUUGUGGGGGAGGAAGGGAAAGGAGAAUGUUAGCCGCUUUGAGACUCCUUAAAAAAAAAGUGAGUGAAAGGCGGGAUAUCAAAUCCAAACUCCUCCUCUUCUUCUUCUUCUUCUCUCCAGUUCAAGCUAGCCUUGGCAUCCCUAUUCACUCACCUCAAAGCACCCUUAAUGUAAAUCCUAGUAACGACAGAAGUGCUGUCUGCAUAUGCUUGAGGCACUGGCCCCAAUCUGAAGUAUUUUGUGCAUACAAUAAAUCUUCCCAAAUCUCCACUGAACCAACAAUCAGGGCAAGUUAUUUCUGUGAAUAUUGUUCACCUUUUGGGUGGUUAUAGGAGAAGAUGACUGGACUCUUCUUCUCCCCCACCAAACUGGUGAUCAGUUCUGUCAGAAAUGACAAUGCUGAUUACUGAGGGCCCUUCUUUUCCUUCUGAAAUGCUGGCUUCCACACUCAUGGGAUCACUUUCAACUUAUGUGACUUGUGACACAGGACCCACGUCCAAACCUAACUUGAUGCCACUGGCUGUCUUCCUUACUGAAUAUAUUAAGUACGUUUGGAAAAACAGGGUAGUGAGCAAAGUCCUGUUAAAACUAGCCACCCAAAACUCUCUGCACAUAGUGGGGUUUAAAAAAUAAAUAAAUUCUGGUACUUUACAACUGGAUAGUUCUUCCUCCCAGUUACAGGUUAAAUACCACCACUAUCCAUCACCACUAUUAAUUUUUUAAAAGUUAUAAAUCACUAUUCUGUUCAAAGCAGACAAAAUGAACAGAAACCUACAAGUUCUAUUAACCAGCCCCAUAUACAUUUAAUAAGCUGUUCAGUGUAAGGUAAUGGUUCAAGAGAAUUGAGCUUCUGGCACAAAACUGAGCUUCUGGUACAAAAGUGAUUACAGAGAGACGCACUUCCAAGGUACAAGCAAUCUCUGCUGGUGAUUUGCUAACAUUAUCUUGGCUCUUCUUAUCUCUAGGAACACAGGAAGUAACAGAAACAAAACCCAAGCCAAACAACUUCUUAAGAUACUGA